AUGCACCAUUGCACCGCCGAGUUUCAGACUGCACUUAUCAAGGCACUGCUUGCAGUCGGUGCGCAGGUCGACGUCACCGGCGCCACGGAUAGGACCGUACCCUGCAUUGAGAUGGUCAAGAACCGUCCUGGAGCUUCUCUGCGUCGCCAGCCAUGA